UUUCCAUAGAUUUACAGUUUCUGUUUUGCUUAAUCAGCAUUUUAUGAAAACCUUCGCUGUUUUGCUGUUAAAUUAGUGAAGAAAAACAAUAACUUCAGAAUGUCUGAUUGGGAAGAAGAAAGCUGGGAUGAUGGAGGCCAAACUGGCACUAAGAAGCAUGAGGCCUAUAAUAGCCAGAAUAACUCAUUUUCCAAAGGGAGUGACAAAGCCCAGCGGUACCGUGACAGCCACAAUCGAGGAAGUGAUCGCUAUCCACAUGACGGGGAAAAACGUGGUCAAAACGAUCAAAGGCAUAAGUAUAGUGAAUCUAUCAAUGUUCCAUCGGACUGUGUUGGUCUCGUCAUUGGUCGAGCUGGUUCGAAUAUUCAACGUGUACAAAAUGACUUCAACGUCCGAGUAGAUCUUGACAAAAGGAGUGGCACAGCAACGAUUAGUGGAAAUAGCGAGCAAGAUGUUCAAGAUGCAUACAAUUAUAUAAAGGAUCAAUUGGAAUCAAAUAAUAAUAAACGAGGGGGCGGUGGUGGCAAUUAUCAAGCCAAUAAUGGCAAAGGCGGCGGAAGGUCAAAUUCCAUAUAUAAUUUUCAACUAAAGGAAACGAAACAGAGUGGUUACUAUGAGGAUAGAUCGGAAAAACCAUACGAUGAGGAAGACAAAGUUCAGUCAGGUUUUACCGGAGUUAUCGAUUGGGAUGCCCUGAAUAAAAAAGCGGAAGAAGAACGGGCAAUACGCUGGGCUAAGUGCCCACCCCUGACAAAAAAUUUCUAUAAUGAAGAUCCGGAAGUAACAAACCUUAUGCCAGAAGAAGUCGAACGCAUCCGAGAAGAAAAUAACCAUAUCACCGUAUCUCGAGUAUUCAAGCAAGACGACGUUCCUGAAAACAUUCCGAAUCCUAUUUGGAAGUUCGAGCAAUGCUUUGCUGCUUACCCUGACUUGAUGGAGGAAAUUUACAAACAGGAUUUUGUAAAGCCUUCGCCCAUACAGUCACAAGCUUGGCCAAUUCUCUUGAAAGGUGAAGAUAUGAUUGGCAUCGCACAAACUGGUACCGGCAAAACAUUGGCUUUCUUGUUGCCUGCUAUGAUUCACACUGAGUACCAAAGCACACCGCGUACGCAGCGUGGGGGGCCUAAUGUAUUGGUGCUUGCGCCAACACGAGAGCUGGCUUUACAAAUUGAAAAAGAAGUCAAUAAAUAUUCGUUUCGUGGCAUGAAAGCUGUGUGCGUAUAUGGGGGUGGAAAUCGGCGAGAACAAAUAAGCAACGUGCAGGGUGGAGUUGAAAUUAUUAUUUGCACUCCAGGACGACUGAACGAUCUCAUUGAAGCUUCUAUUAUCAACGUUUCUAGUAUAACUUAUUUGGUUUUGGAUGAAGCUGAUCGCAUGUUAGAUAUGGGGUUUGAACCACAAAUUCGUAAAGUAUUGUUGGACAUCCGACCUGAUAGGCAAACUGUGAUGACCAGUGCCACGUGGCCACCCGGCGUGAGGCGCUUAGCUCAAAGCUACAUGAGCAAUCCAAUACAAGUAUGCGUAGGUUCACUAGAUUUGGCAGCGACACACACGGUUAAACAAAUUAUCGAAAUAAUGGAUGACGGGGAUAAGUUUUUUGCGAUUCAGCAAUUUGUAAGAAAUAUGAAAAAGAAUGACAAAGCUAUAGUUUUUUGCGGGAAGAAAACUCGCGCUGACGAUUUGUCCAGUGAUUUGACGCUGGAGGGUGUUUUAUGCACAUGCAUACAUGGGUCUAGAGAACAGGCUGAUCGAGAACAGGCUAUUGCUGACAUAAGUUCGGGACAAGUAAGGCUGUUGAUAGCAACAGACGUCGCUUCUAGAGGACUAGAUAUUGAUGACAUUACACAUGUAGUGAAUUUCGAUUUUCCUCGCAAUAUUGAGGAAUAUGUACAUCGUGUUGGGCGUACCGGACGCGCUGGCCGCACUGGAACUUCCAUCAGUUUUAUUACUCGGAAUGACUGGGGUGUUGCUAAAGAACUUAUAAGUAUAUUAAAAGAAGCUGGCCAGGAAGUACCGGAUGAUCUUCGAGAUAUGGCAGAUCGUUUCAAGGCAAUGAAGGAUCGACGUGCAAAUGAGAUGUCAAAGUUUAAUAAUAACUUUCGUGAUCGCAAUGCAGGCGAAAGGCGGGGCUCUCGCGGCGGAAGUGGAAGCGGUCGAGGACGCCGCGAUCGUUAUUAAAUCUUCAAAUUAAAAUGUCGAA